CGUCCCACAAUGCACCAGGCGUUGCGAGCACCAGCAUGCGCACGGCUAGAGGCGGAGCUGCUAUAUAAACACGAGCAGCCUCUUCUUGAGUAGCACACUGGACACUGUUGUGACGGCGGAACGUCGUCUCCGGGUGAACGACAACCCUGACAGCAUCGAAACAGUUAAUGGUAGUUAGCGACAGUUGCUCUGACAAACCCUUGGAGGAGCAACAAGUGUGGACUGCUCGGAAGUUUAGUUUUAAUAUACGAGAAGCCGUUAACUCAAACUUUCUUUAGUGAUAACGGCUCAUUCUGGAAUAAGAACAUUUUUGUCGAAAUUAAGUUUUAAGUUUAGCGUCUUUUUUUUUUUUUUUUUUUAAACGAACUUUUGAAGCUCCAUUUUUGAAGAGCGCGAAAAUGAUCUGAAGCGCGCCCGAAAAGGAGUCACCAGAGCGGAUCAGCAAGGAUGACAGAGCCGGCGGAGCAGACCCAUCACCUGAAAACUUCAGGCAGCCCAUCAGGUGGGAUCAGCGGAGAACCUAUGGAGCAUCUCACAGCCAGCAGCCGUGCCGGACCACAGAACGGCGACAGGGGGCGGCAGAGAGACCAGAAACAGAGGCAGCGGGCGGAGAACUGCGAGGAUAUCAACACAGACAAGUUAUGGCAAAUGAAAGGCGGACAGAGGGGGGUGUGCCCUGCCUCAGCGGCCGGAAACGAGCUCCCAAAGUGCCCGAACGCAGCUCAAAACGAUGCUCGGGCAACUGGAGACGGUCAUCACACCUCGCACGGGAAGAACGGCGAAGACAGACAGCUGGAGGAGACUUUAAACCAGGGCCAGGAGGAGAGCUCGCUCAUCGACUCCGACACCGGCUUGGAUGCGCGUCUGGGCAAGAAGAGGCACCGGCGCAGGACCUCCAGGAAGAGGCGCAACUGGAAGCCUUACUACAAACUUUCCUGGGAGGAGAGGAAAGCCCUGGAGGAGAAGGAGACAGCCAGGGCUUCCAGGGUGAGAGAGGAGAUGUUCGCCAAAGGGCUCCCGGUGGCGCCCUAUAACACCACCCAGUUCCUGAUGGACGAGCACGACCGAGAGGAGCCCGACCUCAACACCGAGACCGGGGUCAGGCGACCCUCGGGGGUGGGCGGCCGCAUGGAGGACACGGGCAGCGAGGAGGAGUUCUUCGACGAGGAGGACGACGACGACGACGGCAGCGGCGGGGGCAGCGACGGUAUCGGGAGACCCGGGAACGCGGGCGGGGAGUUUCUCCAGAGAGACUUUUCCGAGACCUACGAGAUGUACCACGUCGAGAGCCUGCAGAAUAUGACCAAGCAGGAGCUGGUGCAGGAGUACCUGGAGCUGGAGAAGUGCAUGUCCCGGCUGGAGGAGGAGAACAACCGGCUGAGGCGCGCCGUGGAGCCCGGGGGUCCGACCGUGGAGAGCUCCCUGGUGCGGCUCGGGGAGCUGGAGAAGGAGCUGGAGAGACUGAGGGCUCAGAACACGGAGCUCCUUCUGCAGAACCAGCCGAGCAAGGACAGGGGCCAGGUCGCUACCAAUUAAAGGACAUUUAAAACGCUUUCAAGAAGGUAAAAACAUGGGACUACUGCAUUUUUAAAAAUAAUUGUCAUCGGUUUUCUGUAAUCAGUUUUGUCAUCUUGGCGAAGAAGUCCUCGCAUUGCAAUGCAAUACUUGACGUUUCUUUUCUAUUCGGACUGUAAAGGGUGUCCUGUUAAUUUUCCUUUUUUGUUUUUUGUUUUUUUUUUUUCAAGAAAAAAAAUGUAAAUAUUUCAAAAUAAGAUUCUUUUUCUAAAGAGAAUGUAUCUGACAAACACGAAAAUACUUUGUUUCCCGGGUCAACUUCAACAUAUAAUGUUCAUUUUUUGUUUUCAAUUUAAAAAAAACAAAACUCAUCUGUUGUAUUUCUCCCCCUUCAACAAACUGAAUAACAAAUCACAGCUGAUCGGGCCAGCUUGCAGAGACUGUUUUGCAGAAGUCAGCUCCAGAGCGACCAUUUUAACAGUUGUGUGUUAACAUAAGUUCAAAUAAAAUUUUGAAAUUCUGCUGUCA